AUGGCUACCUCCACCGCCGCCGCCAUCCCCUGUCUCCUCCUCCUCGCCACGCUCACCAUCGCCGCUGCUGAAAUAGGGCACCCGCAGGCUCCGGCGGCAGCCGCAGGCGCUGUGGGCGGCCGGACGGAGAUCAGGGACGUGGGCAAGAACAAGCUGGUGCAGUCCCUGGGCCGGUUCGCGGUGGCCGAGCACAACCGCCGCCUCAGCCACGGCGGCGGACCAGCCAACAACGGCGACCCCGUCCGGGUCCAGCUCGUGUUCACCGCCGUGGCGGCGGCGCAGAAGCAGGUCGCCUCCGGGGUGGUUUACUACCUGAAGGUUAUCGCCCGGGACCGCGCCGGCGGCGGCGGGGACAGGCCGUUCGACGCCGUGGUGGUCGUCAAGGCGUGGAUCAAGUCCAAGGAGCUCGUGUCUCUCAUGCCUUCUCCCAAAUAA